UUUUGCCCUGUUCAUUACAAAGAUCUCAUUUCCUGUUUGCACACCACCAACCUCAGCAUCCUGUGUUUAAUUAAAACUCUUCAACACCAGAUGCCUUCUGUUGCCACCUGCUGUGAGCUGUUCCCAAGAGAGCUAAUGCUGUGUGACAAACCCUAUUUUCCCAAUCAAUAACCAGCACCCAAACCUGUCACAUUUUUACUUUUCCACUGCUCUCAAAGUGCAUAUGUCAUAGAGUUUGCUAUUGAGAUAUAUUCUCCACUAGUACAUGCAUUACAGGAAGUGAAGGGGCUUCACAGAAACCAAAAGAAAAAUUCUAAUCUAAAUAAAGACAAAGGCAUAACUUCCUCUGUUAGAUCGAAGCUCGGCAGCAAGGGCACAUUAUAGUCAUCAACCGUACAGCCCUCAGAACAAAUACGAUGCCAACAACAUGGAUCUCUGAGGCAAACCAUCAUGGACCAUAACACUUCGCCUGUCAUCAACGAGGGCCACGUCCCCUAUGUGUACCGGAUUGCUAGCAUAGUGUUUUACAUCAUUAUCUUCGUCAUUGGCACAGUGGUCAACCUGACCGCCCUCUGGGUCUUUGCCUUGACCACUAAAAGACGGAACUCCAUCACUAUUUACAUGAUCAAUGUCGCUUUAGUGGACUUGGUAUUUAUCUUACUGCUGCCUUUUCGAAUGGUCUACUACAGUCAAGACUACUGGCCCUUUGGAGACGUGUUCUGCAGGAUUAAUGCGGCACUGACGGUGCUCUAUCCCUGCCUGGCCUUGUGGCUCUUCGCACUCAUUAGCACAGAUCGUUAUGUGGCCAUAGUGCAGCCGCGACACACCCGAGAACUAAAAAGCGUCCGUAAAGCCUUGCUGUCCUGUGCGGGAGUCUGGAUCAUGACCCUGGGCAGCACAGCUCCGCUUGUUCUCCUGGAAGAAGACCCUGACCGCAACACAAACUAUACCACUUGCAUCAAGAUGCACGACAUCAUCUACUUGCGCCGUGACAAUCCUGUCCACUUCGCACGUAUUGUCUUCUUCUUCUUGGUGCCGGUGUGCAUUAUGGUGGGCUGUUAUUUGGUCAUCGUAGACAACCUUAUCCAUGGACGCACGUCCAAACUGAAGCCCAAAGUCAAGCAGAAGUCCAUCCGGAUCAUCAUCACACUGAUCGUUCAGCUUCUGGUGUGUUUUGUGCCUUACCACAUCUGUUUUGUUUCCAUGCUGUUGGCCAGCAGUGAGAGUGGUUACAACACCUGGGGGGCCUUCACCACCUUCCUGAUGAAUGCGAGCACAGUGCUGGACAUCAUUCUCUUCUACAUUGUGUCAAAGCAGUUUCAGGACCGUGUGAUCAGCGUGAUCUUGUAUAGAAACUAUCUGAGGAGCGUUCGGAGGAAGAGCCUUCACACCAACAGCGUUCGAUCGCUCAGCAACCUGACCAGUGCCAUGAUCUGAGAAAUAAUACAGCUGAUUGAAGCAAUGUAAACUGAAUGCAAACGUAGAUUUUUGCAAUUAAAUUCCAGAAUGAGAUUUAAAUCGCAGAAAAUAAAAAUUAUGAUCAUACUAAUUAGUGAAACUGUUCGCAGUAAGUACCCAGUCAACUUACGAGAUGGAUCACAUGUGCUCCAGUGUCUUCAUUGGUAGUUGCUGCAUUGCAUCACUGUUCACUUGCAUAGGGUUCACUUUCAAAAUAACUUUGUGUGAAUACACCCUAAGACAAACUGUUUGUUUUUCAGUUGUUGUGUUUCAUGCAGCAAGUAUGUGUGUUGUUUUAAAAAUUUAGAGUUUUAAAGAUUGAGAAAGAUUAAUUUUCUAAAUUGAGAGGCUACAGUUAGAGCCACAUAUAACGCAGUAUUAAUAAAAGGUUUAGUUUUCUUGUAUACAUAUAAAAAUUAGGCCAGUGUGGGGCUGCACUGUAAACCCUUCUCUAAAUAAUGAACUGGUUUGAGUAGCGCAAACUUAAAUUAAACAAAUGUCUUUAAACAAAUUUACUUUUAUGAGUAUUUUCAACUUGCUUUUACUUCUGAGUUCAUGAAACGGACAUCUUAUAAGUAAUCUGAAUUGUUUAAUUGUUUUUAGUUUAAUUAACUUGUUUCUUUUUAUUCCGACAAACUAAAUUUGAGCUAAAACUGGGAUGGGAUUUCUAUUUCCCAGCAUGCCAUGCCACCUGGAAUGAUGAGUAAAAGCUAAAAUUGUGUAAGGGGAGAUUAAGUGGCAAUGAACUUGGUUUAUGUUGAAUGUUCUUUUUUGCCUUACUCAUUCAGCAGUAUACCAAUCAAAGCAAAAUUAUAA